AUGGAAAAGAAGGAAAUCUGGGACAAAAUCCUUGAUGCCGAAAGAAUACAAAUCGAUAAACCCUGGCAUAAAGUCAUCAUUCACAAAAUCCCAAUUCAGGAAUUCUCAGGUCUGAAAGGUAUGGACCUAAUCAAAGAGGAAGUCAAUACCUUCAAUCCAGGGCUCAGUAUUAUGAAUACUCCUUACUGGCUUACCAAUGUCUCCAAGAGAGCCAAACAACAAGAUGGAGCAAUAGUCAUUGCAUUUGCUACACAAAAAGAAGCAGAUAUAGCUAUCCAGAAAAGGCUAUAUAUUGCAGGCAUUAGUGUUAGAGUAGAAAGAUUCUAUCCAUCUACUCCUUCAUCCCAAUGCAACAGAUGCCAGAGAUUCGGCCAUAACGAAUCAUACUGCAAAAAACCUCCAGCUUGCGGACUUUGCAGUAAUAAUCAUGCUACAGUCGGUCAUUUCUUCAUUCAAGAACCCUGGAUCCUCUCGAAUCCUGAGAAAGACUUCUCCUCAACCAGAUCUAUUGCCCACUCUAGCUUCUCUCAACUCCUCCCAAAUAAUCCUUCGAACCUGCGUCCCCGAACUAUGAUCUACAUUUCAAAAGGAUUCAAACCGCUAGUAGCCCUAGCUCCCAACUCCCCUAAUGAUCCAGAUAUUCAAAUCAUUGAUAUCACUCAAGGAAAACAUACAAUACAACUCAUCAAUAUCUACAAUGAAGCGGACCAAGCCAAAGAAAAAGGCCACACCAUCGAAAGAUGCCUUUACAAUACCCCUCUUACUCAUCACACCAUCCUCGUAGGAGAUUUCAACUCCCAUCACCCUUGGUGGGACCCCUUCUCUAACAAAAGCUCAAAUGCCGACCUACUCACCGAAUGGUUUGAGGAUCACAAUCUCAUUCUAUUUAACGAACCAGGCACGAGCACCUUUUAUCGAACACAUAUGACAAAUCCAAGUGUCUUAGACCUUACUUUAGCCACAGAUUCAGUAUCUCCCUAUAUCACUGAUUGGCAAGUCCUCCCGGAUCUUGGAUCAGAUCACUUAAGCAUUCUCUUUGAAGUAAAGGGCACUUUAUCCCGUAUAACGAAUAUAGCUCAGCCAGCAAGAUUCAAUACAAAACUUGCGGAUUGGGAAAAAUUCGCGAAUACCCUCAAAUCGAAAAUAUCGAUAUCAACCACCUUAAAUUCGAGUGAAUACCUUAAUAUCGCUACCUCAGAAUCCAACUCUCUUGAUUCCCUUCUCGACAAGAGCCAAUACAUACAAGUAUUGGAUGAAGCUGCAAAAGAAUUCACCCGAAUAAUCACUUAUUCGGCUGAAACCAGUAUACCGAGAAUCAAGUCCACAAAAAGAGCUAAACCCUGGUGGUCCCCAGAGCUGAAAGCCCUUCGAAAACGACUCUCUAAUGCAUUUGAGAACGUCAAGAUUUACCCGGAAGACGAUAUGUUCAAGAAAAUCUACCAGUCAGCCAGGAAUCAUUACUUCCAAGCUAUUAAAACAGCAAAGAAAAACCAUUGGAAUGAGUUCCUUGAAAAAGAGGAUACCCAAUCCGUAUUCAAAACAAUAUCAUACACAAAAGAUAUACAAACCGAACGAAUCCCGAAUAUUCGAUCCAAUCCCUCUAAACUAGAAAAUUCUUUCGAGGGAAAAUGCUCUGCAUUUAGAUCGACCCUAUUUCCUCCUCCUUCAUUCACCCCACCGCCCAAUUGGGAAAGCUAUAAACAAUCUAAGAAAUGGGAAUGGCCUGAUCUCACAGAGAGCGAACUCCUAAACGCGUGCUCUGCAAAAAUCAAAGGAAAGACCCCUGGCCCCGAUGGGAUCACUCAAGAUAUCAUUAUUCAAGCGUACAAAGCAAUACCAAAAGCAUUCUUCACCCUCUUCAGUCAUCUUAUCAACCUUGGUUACCAUCCUUCUUGCUGGAAACAAGCCACUGGAGCGAUACUCAAGAAACCUUCAAAACCAGACUACUCGGCCCCAAAAGCUUAUAGAGUUAUCGCCCUACUAAAUUGCCUUGGCAAAAUAAGUGAAAGAAUUCUAGCUCAAAGGCUUAGCUACUUAGCGGAGACUACGCAAUUACUUCAUUACUCUCAAAUGGAUGGAAGACAAAAGAAAUCAGCCAUCGACACAGCAAUCUUACUCACUACCGAAAUCGAAAGAAAUUCAAGAUCCAAGAAGAAAACCUCAACUCUCUUCCUGGAUGUUAAAGGCGCCUUUGAUCAUGUAUCUAUGAACAAAUUAUUAGAUAUCUGCAAGAACCUAAACCUCCCAACCAGCCUAAUCGCCUGGAUCUCAUCUUUUUUGAAGGAAAGGCUACUCAAGCUCUCAUUCGAUGGCCAAAUUGAAACCUUCAAACCGAUCAAUACCGGGAUCCCCCAAGGCAGCCCUAUUUCGCCAAUCCUCUUCUUAAUUUAUAUUCGAGAUCUAUUCUCAGCAAAUUCAAUCAAAUAUCUCUCAUAUAUAGAUGAUAUAGCUUUACACAUUUUCACAUCCUGA